AUGUAUGAGCAAAACCUGAGAUAGCCACUUAUUUAAUAUGACUACAAUUUAGGUUCAGAUUAAUCACCGAAUUCAUAUCAGCUGAGGAAUAGAUUAUAAUAAGAAGAAAUAAGUUAUAGAUAGUAUUAGACUACUCAUAUACCAGACAGAGAAAACUAAGAGAUCCUAGCUAAUGCAAAAAGGCAAAUGGCAUUAGAUUUAAUAGCUAUGGUGCUGACCAGUGUGAGUUAUUCUAUUGGUAUGGGCUUUGGGGAUUUGUGCUCAUAAAGAAUAGGGCCUUGGUUGGAGUUAUUUAUCAUUUACCAAAGUGGGAUAUCUUUCUUAAACUUAGCUCAAAUAUUUGCAAUACAAGGUCAUAUUAUUGAGUAAAUUGGAUUACCUUCUAGGGUCAUCUACGAGGAGAGUAAGAUAUUAACAGUUCUUAAACUACUGACAUCUCUAGUCCUUAUCUAUAUCUUGAUCAUUGGCAAUUAGAUGUAUUUUUCUUAGUAAAACAACUGUCUGCUUACAAACAAAUUGUUUUUCUAUACAUUGAUGUUUGUUUUAAUCUACUGUUAUUUUCAGUUGAUGAUAUUUUCAUUGGUGGUUGUGGCUUUUAUUUUACUAAUACCAAUUUUCUUGUAUUUUUGGUGCACCAGGAGAUAAAUAGAUUCCAACUGGGUACCAUCCUCUAGAGAUGUGCUCAUAAAACUAAAAAAGACUAGAUUUGGUAAGUUCUUAAGUGAAGAAGAUAAAAAGGAACCUGGAAAAUAGAUAUUUGAAAGUGAAAGCGAGUAAUUUUGUUCAAUAUGUUUGGGAAAUUAUACUAUGGAAGAUUAUAUAACAAUACUACCAUGUGAUGAAAGACAUGCUUUUCACACUGGGUGUAUUGAAUUGUGGUUAAAUAAGAACUGCAUCUGCCCACUCUGCAAAAAGCCUGUGGAACUCUGA